AUGCUGUCUUUAUUCUUUAUCUCUUCAUUUCUAACCACGGCUCUGGCUGGUGGCCAGCUUGAACGUCAAGUAUAUGGUUCACCAUGUUAUUGCACCAAUUAUUCUCAGAUUCCAACCGCAGUAGCAUCAUGUACUGAGAUCCUACUCGAAAACAUCGCAGCGCCAAACAAUUCCAGCAUUGAUCUCUCGAAACUGAAAGAUAAUACUAAAGUUACAUUCUCGGGCCUCACAACUUUUGGGUUCACCAACUCGAGCUCGUUUGAGCCGAUGAUCUUCGGUGGCGAUAACGUGACAAUCACGGCUGCUAAAGGAGCACAAAUUGAUGGUAAUGGACCGGCAUACUGGGACGGACUCGGUUCAAAUGGAGGAGUGCCAAAACCAAACCAUUUCAUCACCGUCAGCAAGAUGACCGGAGGCUCAGUUAUCAAGCUCCUCCACAUCAAAAACUGGCCCGUCCAUCUCUUCAGCAUAUCAGGCUCCUCAGACCUCACACUGCGCGACAUGAUCCUCGACAACAGCGCCGGCGACGCGCCAAAUAACCGCAGUAACGGUCUAGCAGCCGGUCACAACUCAGAUGGCUUCGAUGUCAGUUCUUGCAACAACACGCUCAUCGCAAACACGACGGUCAUCAAUCAAGAUGACUGCGUGGCUGUCACGAGCGGGAAUAAUGUUACCGUGGAUAGUAUGUAUUGUUCCGGGGGACACGGGUUGAGUAUCGGUUCUGUUGGCGGGAAGGCCAAUAACGUCGUGACCAAUGUCCUCUUCAGCAACAGCCAAAUAGUAAACUCGCAAAAUGGUGCGCGCAUAAAAACAAACUACAACACCACUGGCUUCAUCGCCAACAUAACAUACUCCUCCAUCUCCCUCUCCAACAUCUCGAGCUAUGGUAUCGACGUACAGCAAGAUUAUCUGAAUGGCGGGCCAACGGGCGAUCCGAGCAAUGGUGUGAGUAUUGAGAAUGUCCUGUUCAAGAAUGUCACGGGCACGGCGACGGAGAGCGCGUAUGAUUAUUAUGUGUUGUGUGGCAGUGGCAGUUGUGAGAAUUUUGUCUUCGACGAGGUGGAGGUGACGGGGGGUGGGAAGGGGGCGAGUUGUAAUUUUCCUGCUGGUGGGUGUCCUGUUUGA